UGGGGGCCUCGCCCCUCUCGCCCCCUCCCCCGCCUCGCGCUGUGCGCCGGCGCAGUGCGGCGCGACUCGUGCGAGGGGAAGGGCGAGUCGCGGCUGUCGGAGCAAGGGGGGCAUCCGCGCUGCUCCGCGCCUCCUCCGCCGCCAUGGCGGGCGCGGCACCGGCACCAGCCCCAGCACCGGCACCAGCCCCCGACCCGGCGGCUGAGAAAGUGGAGACCUCGGCGGCAUCGGUCGAGCGACCGUCACUUUCGACGGCAGUGCUGGCGAAGAUGGAACGGAACCGGCAACGAGCGCUGGCACUGCGGCAGGCGCGGCUGGCGGCUCGGCCUUAUCCUGCCGCAGGCGCCCAGCGGGUGAGGGCCCCCGCCAAGGUCGUCGAUACGGGAGGGGGCUUCUUCCUGGAGGAGGAGGAGGAGGAGGAGCUGGAGGAAGGGCCCGGCGCCGGCGCCGGGAAAAUCGUGCAUCCCCCCGCACCUGUGCUAGAAAUUGACUAUCUCAUCUGUGGAGACUGUGGCAAAGAAUUCAUGGAUUCGUACCUUAUGCAGCACUUUGAUUGGGCAACAUGUGAUAAUUGCAGAGACACUGAAGAUAAGCAUAAGCUUAUAACAAGGACAGAAGCAAAAGAAGAGUAUCUUCUUAAAGACUGUGAUUUGGAUAAGAGGGAACCAGUGCUCAGAUUCAUUGUGAAGAAAAACCCUCAUAAUCCACGAUGGGGUGACAUGAAACUUUAUUUAAAACCACAGGUAAUCAAGCGUUCCCUUGAAGUCUGGGGUAGUGAAGAAUCAUUGCAGGAAGCAAAGGAACUGCGCCGUGGUAACAGAGAGAAGAUGAAACAGAAGAAGUUCGAUAAGAAAGUUAAAGAACUCCGCCGUGCAGUGAGGAGUAGUCUGUGGAAGAAAAAAGCCAGUAUCCACGAACAUGAGUAUGGACCAGAGGAAAACAUUGACGAAUCUACCUAUAAAAAGACAUGUACUGUAUGUGGCCAUGAAUUAACUUACGAGAAGAUGUAGUGAUAAUCAUUCCCCCCGCCUUAAUUAUCUUUUUAAUUGUAUUUUGUAUCGAAGUCAAAUAAAUGCAGAUUAUGAACAA